AACAUGAAACCUUCAGGGAACGUUACGUUUUAGCUCUAAUUUAGCAAAUUUGUAACGUUUUGUAUGUAUAGGUUAAAUAACAGAUUUUAUAUACGUUUAAAAGUAACGUUCUAUUUGUGUUAGUCCAUGGAACGUGUCAAAAACAUUACAUUUUUACCUUAAAUAUGACCCUUUGGAACGUUACAAAAGAAACAUUUUGUGACAUGACAGUAACGUUUUACAUAAAAUGUUUUUUUUAUAACUUUAAAAACAUUGCCUCAACGUUACACGUACAAUAUUUCUGAAACAUUCAGUUUGCUAUGUCUCUUCAAUGUUUCCUUUGAAACGUUAACUUUUACACAUUCAAAAACGCCGCAACAACGUAGCAAAUGCGACAUUUCUGAAACGUUAAUUUGCGACGUAAUGUAAAGGUUUCAUUUAAAACAUUAAUUUUGAAACAUCUUACACCCCGCGUUAAUGUGCAUCAUCUGCAUGCGUUUAAGGAUACGGUCACGAUAAUGCUGCAAAUAAUGCUUUGAAGCAUUGAUUGGUCAAUUUGUAAAAUUCUUUACUCUGAUUGGUUAAUCAUAUGCUUCCAAAUUAUUUGUAGCAAGACUUUGACCGCACUCUAUAGCAGUGCAUGCAGCAUCAUCUUUUGCAUGAGAGAAUUAAUAUAGAAAAAUGAUAUUGUUGAAAUAAACGCGCUUUGUAGCGAGUCUGCAUGGCUGCGUUCAGAAUGAACGUCUAAGUGCACCCAGACAUCAUUUUAUCCUUGUUUAACAUUCGAUAAACAACAAAGAUAAAACAUCUGUGCGCACCUGCAAUGGACGUUUAUUCUGAACGCACUCCAUUGGACACGAUGUGAAGGCGCUUAAGGAGCGCUCGACCGGCCAGCGGGGGUAUCACGGCUAACGACACGGACGCGGGCUCCCGCGUUUUGUUUUCUGAAUCUUUCUUGUCUCUCUGCUUCUGACGGCGGGUGGACGUGGCCCGGUUUUUCCGUUUCUGAUUCUUUUUUUCCAUUUCCUUCAUUUUGUGCGUGCAAGCAAUUCCGGAAGGAGAAGUGAGUGGUUAACUGUGGUUUCAAAUCGAAGUCCGAGCUCUGGCUGACAGAGAAGCCAGAACUCGGACUUCGAGAUAAUAAUCGAGUGGUUGCCAGGGAAGGAAGCUGGAGCUUGGAGACAUAUUUCAAGAUACGAAAUUUUUACGAGUUUUGGAGCCUUGUGGCCUUAAGAACUUACUUCGAUUUCAUCGAAGAUGAUAUAAAAAUUAAAGACGAGUGUGAUCUUAUUAAAUUGCUCCAAAUAUUGAAUGAAUUCAAAGUCGAUAUAUUACCACUUCAAGUUAGAUUAACAGUAUAUAAAUUAAUCUUGAUUGAGUACUGUUUAAAUAACCAAAGGGAUGUUUAUAAAAAUAGACACAAAUUGUUAACAUUAGCAAUUUAUUUACGAAUUAAAGGAAAUAAUAGUAGACUUCGUAUAUAAAAUGACAUAAUAAGGGAAACAUUUUAAAAUUAAUAGCUAAAAAGGCACUUGAGAGUUUGUGAAUGUUUUGGAUAAAGUGACUAUACAAUUCAAAGAUUGUUUUAAAUUAUGGAGACUGUUUUUGCUGUAAAUGAUCAAAUCCAAGCGUUAUUGCAACGAAAUGUUCUUUGGUCUGUGGUCGAAUUUUUCGAUAAUUUGGAAGAAUCAGCUGCUAUCGAGGUAAUACCAACAAUAUGGAUCACAAUUAUCAACAAUGAAAUAACGUGCAAAGGGCCUGACAAAAAUCCUCGGAAAGCUAUAAAAAAAUGUGCAGCCCCAAAAAGUUCUUGGAAAAUAUAUAAAAUUUAAACUAUAUUACUUCAAACUGGUACAUACAAGUCUGCUUUGGAAUUUGCAAUUAAAAAAACUCAAACCGAUACUGAUAUAUCCGUUCCAGAAGUUCAAAAAAAAAGGAAACCAAAAAGAAAAAACCUAGAUGAUUAUAUGACCACUGAGCUUAGUGACAAUUCUGAAAGCCAACGAAUGACACCUCCUCCAAAACUUCCAACACUAUGUGAUUCCGCAAUAGAUCGUGGAAAUGUAUUUCCGAAGAAUGAUACAAACAUUGCUCCAACUGACAAGACAAUAAAUGAUAAUGACUUUCACGAUAACGAUAAAGAAAAUCAAAGUCCGAACGAGAUUGAAACUAACAAUUUGGAUUGUUUAAAUGACAAUGAGGAUCUUGAAUCCUAUCAUAGGAUUGGGAAUGCUUCACAGGAAACCAUGUUUACACCAAAUUUCGUACGCAACAUUUUAUUUGAAGAUUUACCAUCAGACAGUCAGAAUAUCAUCAAGAUUUUGGAAAAUACAAUAGUGAUUAGGAAGUUAUUGGAAGAACAAAAGACAUUUUUGGAACGAAAAAAAGAAAACGCACCAGUCAUGUUUACAGACCCAAAUUGUAAUAAUUUGUCUAUUCCAACAAAACCGUAUAAAAAAUUUAAAAAAUUGCAAGAGUAUGAUACUUCAUUGAGGAUUAAUACAAACAAAAGAAAACAGCUGGAAACGUAUUUUUAUUUACUAGGAGGGGAUUCACCCCAAAACCAAAUAAAAAAUUCAUUGGAAAAAAUUUUCACAAACAAAUUAGGGAUGAAAUGUUCGUGGAAAGGGCAAAAAGGGAACUUUGCAGUAAACAUGUUAAUUAUAAUAGAGAUAAUAAAAUGUGCUACUCGAAAACAUUUUCCGAAUUUAACGGACAAACAGAUGCAAAACUACGUAUCCGCAUGGCUAAAGUAUGCUAAAACAAGAUAUGACAGACAGCAGGUAAAAGUACAACCGGAAUAAAAACUUUGACAUGCCACAAAAAGUGCUUUGUGAAAGUGUCGAUAUAGUGCGACAAACAAAUUCACGCAAAGUAUUUGGUAUACCUUUAUACAAGUUGGACUGCGGUGAUGGCAAAGUACCACUCGUAGUAGAUCGAUUGAUCACAAUUAUCGAGAUGCAUGGUCUCUAUACCGAGGGUAUAUAUAGAAAGAGCGGCGUCAGUUCCAAAGUGAGAGAACUCAAAAUGAAAAUGGACGAAGGCAACUUAGAGAAGGUGGAUUUCGAAAACUAUCAAGUGCAUGUUCUAGCUGUGUAAAACGUGAAAAAUUAGAAAGUAUUUAAAGAAAAGCGUACUGCUCUUAAUAUACAUACAUAUACACACAUACAUAUACUUUGCUUAUAUUAAAGUGACGAGUGAGUCAUACCAAAUUACUUGUUUUUACAAAUUUACGGUCAUAAAAAUAUAAUUUAUUGUUACACGGUGUUGCAAUUCUCAGCAAACGUUCUUUUUUUACGGAGAAUCUUUUUAAUAUAUGGUUUGUAGAUGCGCUUUUUUUUUGUAAUUAUCCGUUUAGCAUUAGUAGAUCUAUCUUGAAAACCAUCUCUUUCCAAAGGAUCUAUUUGUCACGUUCAAGUAGAAUCGAUAAUCGACUGUUUUAAAUUUCAGCGAGAUCCUUUUAUUGUAUUUCGAUAUGACGUUUGACGACGAUAGCCGAUUUAAAGCGUUAGUUUUAGGCGUACAAAUUUAAAAGAGGACAAACAGUAAAAUAGGAAACCAAAAUAUAUUUUGUACAUGCAAUCUAACAAUUUCAUAAUAAUCUGUCAUUAUUAUUGAAUUUAUGCGAGAGAUGUUUAACAAGAUUAUAUUUCUAUCUAUCAAUAUUGUAUUUAUCUAUUUAAAGAAAAGCGUACUAUUCCUAAUACACAUAUACACACAGACAUAGACACACAUACACACACAGAUGUAUGGACAUUAAGAAAUUUCCGCUUAUAUCAAAGUGAAGAGGAAGUCAUACCAAAUCACUUUUUUUUUUCAAAUUCAUGUUCAUAAAAAUGUUGCACCGUGUUGUAAUUCUCAGCAAACGUUAUUUUUUACGAAAAAUCUUUUUGGUAUAUGAUGUAUAGAUGCGCUGUUUCUUUGUAAUUAUCCGUUUAGCAUGAGUAGAUUUACCUUGAAAACCAUCUCUUUCCAAAGUAUCUAUUUGUCACGUUCAAGUAGAAUCGAUAAUUGACUGUUUUGAAUUUCUGUGAGAUAUUUUUUAUUGUAUUUCGUUAUGACGUUUGACGACGAUAGCCGAUUUAAAGCGUUAGUUUUAGGCGUACAAAUUUAAAAAAGGACCAACAAAAAAAGAGGAAACCAAAACAUAGUUUGACGUAAUAUGCAAUGUAACAAUUUAAUAAUCUGUCAUUGUUGAAUUUAUAUAACAUGCGAGAGACGUUUAAUAAGAUCAUAUUUCUAUCUGUCAAUAUUCGCUAUCAAUAUGUGUAUUUGUGUUUAAUAUUGCAAUAAAUCUCAAUUCAGAUGAAUAAA